AUGGACAUUGGAAUUGGGCCCGACCUAAGCUUCCUCAUAUGCAAGGAACCCCAACAAGACGAAGCUGCAGGUUCCAGUGGCACCUCUGCAGUCCCUGAACACGAUGUCCAGCGGGCCCGGACUGUUGCGGAGGGGCCGCCUGAAGAAAAAUCGCGGGGACUCGCACCAAACGUGACUCUCGUCGUGCCCGGGAAACCGUCCGAUGCGAACAAGACCGAGUCGGAGCAACACCAGCAACAGCAAAGUUCCUCUGCAGUCGAAGUCCAGGCAAAGUCUGCAUGUGCCGCGGGAUUGGAAAGCCCGAGAAGGAAGUUUUCUGACUAUUUCUCAAGGAAGCCGUCGGAUAAUCCGAAGGGUGUUCGUAUAGAUGAAGGGGAACGCAAGAGGGCGCCCAGCCAGCAAAGUGCCAGGACCAGGCGACAGACAGUUGCUGAUCUCUUGGCCUACCUCAUCCCGCGCCACUCAAGUGCUACUUCGAUGCAAAGGUUCCUGGGCAUCAGGGUAAGACUGCUGUUGACGAUGUCCUCUUUUCAUCUUCAGAUGAACCAACCAAAGACGAGGAGAGUGGGUGAGGCAGGACCAUCCGGGACUGCGCGCUCCGGUUCGCCUUCGGGUUCGCCUGCGAGUUCAGCUGCGGGUCCGAAAAAGACAUCACCUGGGCCUUUUUCACCCGACACCGUGAAGAUAUCCGUUCGUGAGGACAAAGCUGUGCAAAAUAAGAAGUUGGCGACACGAUGGAAGAAAAAGCCCCCUCAACGGAUCGACGAAGAAGGCCUGCAAGACCUGCUGAGCAGCCUGCCGACUAUGGCGACCAGCUCGUCCACAGUGCGGCACUCGUUCGCGGCGUCGCAGAGGAGGAUGCCACCCGCGCUGCGCGAUCGACUGCACGUGGUGCUAGUGUUUGUCGUGCUCUGCAUACUGGCCGUCGUCAUUGGCAUCUUCCUCCUCUAUAGCAUCACCCCGACAGAGACAGUUUGCAGGUCGGAUGUCUGCAACUCCUACUCCAAGCUUCUCUGGGAGAUGCUGAACGUUUCAGUGAAACCCUGUGACGACUUCUACAGCUACGUGUGCUCCAACUGGGACUCCAGGCAUUCCUACUCGUUCAAGGAAGAUGUAUAUCUGCGGUUCAUCCAGCGCGUGUCCGAGAGGAACCGCCGCACUGCCGCUCCAGCGCAUGGACAGAGCGCGUCGCAGAAGGCCGCCAAAUUCUACCAGUCGUGCUCGGCCACCUACACGCAGGGCGGUGAUCGCGAGCUGGACGCAGUCAAGCAGCUGCUGCUUCGCUUCGGUGUCCUGUGGCCCCGGCUCACCAAUGACUCAAACCUGCUGCGCAUCUGCUUCGCCAUGUCGGCCACGCUCGACUGGGCGCCGGUGAUCCUCUUCUCGGUCACGCGCCCUGAGGUGCAGAUGACGGUCUCGCCGGCAGAAUUCUUUGCCAAUAUCCUGGCUAGGCGGCGAGCCAUGCUUGCCGGAGGAGGUAGCGACUACAGCACGUACUUCGGGCACAUGUUGCGCGUCUUUGGCCGACCCGACGAACCGGGCGACGACGUACUCACGUACGGCGAGCUGCUCGCGAUGGAGUCCCACCUGCUGCCGGCGCUUCGACGCGCGUACGCCGUGGUCGAGGGCAACGCCUUGGAAAACGCGACCCUCGAGGACGUCAUCCAGUUGGCCGGCAACACAAUCCCCAAGUCCGCAUGGGAGGAGCAGCUUCGCGAAAACUUCGAAGCGGCUGGGUACAACGGUACCACGUCGCAGAGGUUCACCGUGGAGAACGUACGCUUCUUCGUCACCUUCUUCGAUCUAGUGCGCGCGCUGGGCGAGCAGCACAUGGCCUACUACCUGGGCUGGGCAACCGUCCAGGGGUUGUCGUUGCUGACCAAGCCCGAGGUCAUCCGCUACUACUACUCAUCGCACGGAGAGGCUGCGCGGGAUCACGUGCUCUUCUGCGUGGCACUCGCCCACCAAUACAUGGGGCUCACCUUCUACGCCAGCUACAUCCGAAACGAAUUCACGCCUGAGGUGAUCGACGACGUCGCUCUCCUUGUGAGAAACGUGCAUGCGUCCUUCCGCCAAGGGUACGCGGCAUCGCCGGUCUGGAAGGGGUUCGUCGAACGCAGCACGCAGUGGCGGGCCGCGAACGAGUCUUCGUCAUCGAGCGGCCCACCGCUGAGCUUCGUUCACGAUUCUCGCGAAGAUGUCCUGAACGAGCUCUUCGAACACUUUCCGGACAUGAACUCCAACGUACUCGACAACGCCGAGGGCGCUGUGGCCGCGCGGUACGCGACGACGGUGGACACGCGCAUGGCUCGGUCAAUCUGGAACCGCACAAUUCGCUUCCACUAUUUCGUAGCCAAGGCGGCGGCGUCGCCACGCUUCGAGCUCAUGCCCGUCGCGCUGGAGCCGUUGUUCUACAGCGCGGAAGCACUGCCGGCCGUAAAGUACGGCGCCUUGGGCGCCGAAAUUGCCGAUGCCAUCGCGACCCUCGUGUUCCACGACCUUCGCGAAGCGGACAACAGCACGCGCACUGCGGUCGAGUCGCAGCCCCUGUGCUUGCUGGACGCGUCGGUGGCAGGCACGAGGAUCGUCAUUCCUCCUCCCGGAUGGCCGCACAUGACCAGGCUUCAGCUGGCUGAGAGGGCUAUGUCUCUGGACGCGGCUUUCAGGGCCUUUCUCGACGUCACCAACGGCGGCCAUCAGACGAAACUGGAGCGCUACGAUUGGUUGUCGGGCAAUAUGAUGCUGUUCGUCUUCUGGUGCAUGGCCCAGUGCGGCGCCUCCAAUGGGAAGCACAGGUGCAACGACCCGCUCCGGCUGUUCCGCUACUUUGGGCAGGCCUUUCAGUGUGGAGUGGGAACGGCCAUGGCCACUGUGCGAGAUUGCGUAUGACCGGUGGGCGUUGUCGCGAGGCACACCUAUACUUGUUGGACGUGCUUGAUAGAAGACAGGAUUCAAAUGUAGUUCUUAAUACCGUUUUUAAUUUGGGCCUGACUUCUUAUGACAGUUUCGUGGUUAUUCGGCUCUCACUAAUGUUCGUAUCGAUUCACUUGGAUCGCCGCGGAAGUUUUCGCUUGUUAAUUUAUUCGAGUGUCACUUGUUGCUGCCGUAAGUGAAACAUGGAGCUGCAAUUUUAUUUCACUUGCGCUGCUGAUAUAGAAGCGUGUUUUCUUUUAUAGUUAGGUGAAUUGAAGGGAUUUAAUUUGUUCAAUAAUUAACUGGACUACAGGGUUCCCGAAACUGUUUUGAAUAUCUUGAUCUAAAAAUUUUUAAACUUUAUGUUUAUUUUAAUUUUAUAGGUGCAAGUGCGAGCACGUCACGAAAUGCUUUAUUGGCAGGGAUUGCGAAAGCACUCCGCGUUUGCACUCCUGCUUCUGCAAGAGAAAUCUAAUCAUCGAUAAUUUAAUUUUGCGAUUUAUAUCCUGAUGAUUUAACCAUCGCGAUACCAUAGUUUAGCGAACAACCAAAUUUUUGUCCAAAUCUCGUUAGAGAGCACGCAUUUGACGAGGCCUAUUUAUUUUUAUUUUUAGCUGUAUGCAGUUACCUUUUUUUUUUGCCUGAGAGGAAACGUGAAAUAAAUUU